CGGCGACGUCACAGUGGGCCGGUUGAGCCUUCUUUCGUUCGAUUCAGGCAGGCUCUAUUCAUUUUACAUGUAGCAAGCAGCAGGGUUGCGGGUCAGUUCAGACAUGGGAAGUGAGCAUUACUGCCUGAGGUGGAACAAUCAUCAGAGCAACUUGCUGGGUGUAUUCAGUCAGCUACUUGAGUCUGAAUCACUGGUUGACGUGACACUGGCGUGCACAGAGGGUCCAUCGAUACGUGCGCACAAAGUUGUCCUAUCAGCUUGCUCAAGCUAUUUUCAAGCUCUAUUCCUAGAUCAUCCAAAUCGUCAUCCCAUUGUCAUACUCAAGGACGUAAGAUUUACGGAAUUACGUACUCUAGUUGACUUCAUGUACAAGGGUGAGGUUAAUGUCGAGUACUGCCAAUUGUCGGCUCUGCUGAAGACCGCUGAGAGUCUCAAGGUAAAGGGUCUUGCGGACAUGACGAAUAUCAAUGCAGCAGUUGCAUCGAGGGACGAGCAGCAGCAGCACAACACACCUGAUACACCGCGUGACAAUAGAAAUGAGACACGCGAGAGGGACAAAGAGAGGGACAAAGACAGGGAUAAGGAUAUUAUCAAGGACAAUGAAGUGAUGGUGCAGCAGAAUACCAAUCAGAAUCAGAAUUCGCAACAGGUGUCGUUGACGGCUUGUGAAAAUUCUGAGGCUGUUGAUAUGACUGAGUGUCCGGUAUCACCGGCUAGAGCUAGUAGUCCUUGUACUGGACCACUUGCGCUUGAUAGACCGAGAAGAGACUCCGAGGAUGCUGUCAGCUUGGAGGAGACCAGGGGAUCACUCAGUCCUAUUUCUGUGCACAGUGGUCCAAGUGAUAUGACUCUUAGUAAUAACACUAGUACCACUGGUGCAUUGCCAUUGAAUUUACCACAGAGUCGGCUUCCGUCCCCACAUAGCACUGAACCACUUGCUGGACCCUCUGGCCUGCCACCGGUUCAACAGGUACCUCUUUCCUUGAAGAAGGAAGUGGACUGGGACAGAUCGACCGAGGAACGCUGUGCCAGCAGUGAAAUAUCAACGGAUUACAGACUCCCACCAGAUCCGGUGAGUCUCUUUUCGAUGUCAUUGGCCCUUGGUCUUGAGGCAGGUGGUUGGGGUGCCCUGGUGGAUCGUGCCCGUAGUACAGGAAGUCCCCUCCUACCCCAAAGUACAUUUGGUUUAGGAACCCUGGCCCGUAGAUGCGGUGUCUGCCUGGCAACAUUCCCCUCAGCCUGGCUCCUAGAGCGUCACGCACUACUCCAACAUGCAGGUCAGCCCAACGAUGACAAGCCCUUCACCUGCGAGCAAUGUGGCCAGCGUUACCGUUACCGUUCAGCCUACGUCAAACACCGAGAGCAGAAUCACCGAGCCCGACUCCCCGCCGACAAACUAUUCACCUGUGACGUCUGCGGCAUGCAAUUCAGGUAUUUGAAAUCAUUUAAAAAGCACAGAUUGAACCAUGCCCUAGAGCGCCUCCAACGAGGCCCCGAGCACCUAGCAAAUAGACUCUCGAUAUCAGCACCAGCUGAGAGAAGUGAUCAGGUAUCGAGUACUGGUGAGCCAUCGAGUGUUGAGGGUAGGAGUGAAGCAACAAGUCCAACCAACGAGCCCGAGGAGACAGCACGAGACCUCACCGAGAGUAUAGAGACCAACUCGGAGACGGCGAGCUUGCAGGAGACCCAGGAGGUGCCUGAUCAGCCCGUUGAUGCCACUAGGUCAGGACUGAUGGGACAGGCUGAUGGUGAUAAACCGGAGGUGAGUGAGCACAUGGAAGAGGCUGCUGAGGCCACUGAGAGGGUUCUCAGCAUUGUCAGGGCUCAUGACACUGAUCGGCGUGAACGACGAUUUGCCUGUCCCUUUUGCGGCAAAUGCGUCAGGUCCAAGGAAAAUCUUAAGCUACAUGUGCGCAAGCACACUGGGGAGAGGCCAUUUGUUUGUCUCUUCUGUGCUAGAGCUUUUGGGGGAAAGAGCGAUUUGACUCGACACCUACGGAUUCACACCGGGGAGAGGCCCUAUCACUGCGAAAUGUGCGGUAAAUGUUUUGCCAGGGCGGAUUAUCUAUCCAAACACCUCACCACUCACAUCCAUCAGCGUUAGAGGAAUUAUCGUGCCACCUGGGGGGAAUUCUAGGUUUUUCUUUCCAUUUUCUUUAUCGUUGUCUUGCCUAUGUGAGUCAAUUACGUAUCGAGUCGUCGGUUGUGUUGGAUUUUUUGAAUUCUUUAUUGUUUUUGUUACUGUAUUUUUGGGUACCAAAGAUGGAUUUGUCCCAAAUUCAACGUUAUCGCUAUUGAUAGUGAGAAUAAUUUGUGAUAUGGAGAAUACCAAAGGACUGAUCUAGGAGAUGAUCUUCCAGAUGUCAAUGGAUUACAAGAGAAAGGCGAAUAAAUGGUGGAGAAUUUUAAUCGUUCGACUCUGGCUCAUGCCUGAGGUCUCACGAUUUUUUUCUAGCUUUCGAGUUCGGAAAUUAUUCUGGAUAAUCUGGAGCUGCUGAUUGUCAAGGUGUAUAGUUAAAGGUGAGAAUUAUUUCGGAGUUGGUGGGCCUAGAAAAAAUGUAAAUAGCUAGAUCGAAGAACUAGUACUUGAACGAACUGCAACUCAAUAAUGAAAAAAACGUAAUGGAAGGCGUUAAAUAAAAAAUAAAUGGGAAACUCAGAGAAGCCAUGGAAAACCUGUAUAAUUACGUGUACUGUAAUAAUUGCGAUGUGCGUGACGCCGAUAUGUCGUGGGCGCUAAUUUUUUUACACGAGUUCCAUAUACUAGAAUCGACACGGUUGAAAAAUAUUACAGGCGAAAUGAAAAUAAAUUUAAAAAAAAAAAUUGUAGAAAGGGGGUGGCGACGACGUGUGCAUGGAGCGGAAGGACACGCGGAUGACACCACAAAAAUAAUGAAUCUGGGGAAGAAAAAAAAUAUAAAGAGAAUCGAUCUGACUCGUCCUUCCGCAGAGCGUGCCGGUGCCUUUGAAUCCCGAAUCCUUUUACGUGGAUAGCAAUAAAUUUUCAUUUUCCUCUUUCUCUACACGAAAAGCUAUCCUCAUGGGUGUAAUGACAAAAAAAUUAUUUAGGGUAAUUAUUUAAUUUUUUUUAACGAGAAUUUGAUAUAUUCAGAUAAGUGUAUUUUCAUGGAGAUUUUGGUUUUUCAAUUUGUGGCGUGAGUUUUUCGAUUUUUUGUUUGUUCCGGAAUUUAUUUAAUUCUGCAAUAAUUGAUCGAGAAAAUAGAAUUCUUUUUCUUAAUGAAGAGAAGUUUAUAGAAUUAUUGAAUAAUUUAUGACAAUGAAUUAUUACAUGAUUUCAAUCUGCAAUUAUCUGACGCUAAAUCCAGAAUUCAAUAUUUCACGAGUCAGUGAAAUUGCACUUAUGAUUUUCACUCGUCGCAUGAUCACUCCGGACAAAGACUUUACAUCGAAAUAAAUUAUAUGCCGACGUAAAUAUAGAGUUAACCCCUUAAAACGUCAAUACUGCAAGUGACAUCCGGUUGGGGUGAAAUUUAAUGGAAGUGCUUCAAAGUUUUCUGUGAUUUUUUAAUCUAUUUGAAGAUUCAUCACUCCUUCAUUUAAAAUAACAAAUUGAAUUAAUAGAGAGAUUGAGGAAAAUGUUAAAGAGAGAGAAAACGUUAAUAAAUAUUGAUAUACUAUAUUUCGAGACAAGUGCGAUGGAUUACACGUGCUGAACAAUUCCGUCGGACAUGUUUUGAACAAUAUUUUUAUUCAUCGGUGUUACAUUCGUCCGUGGCAUUUUUUUUUUCCACAAAAAAAAAUUGCGAGAUCGAUUGAAAAGGGCAUUGAAGCGCGAGGCGAGUGUAACACCCGCGAAAUAAAUAUGUAAAUAAUAAAUAUGAAUUAAUUGUAAUCACUGUAUGUACAAGCUCAUCUAAAUGGCUUUACUUUUGUCCACUGAACUCUGUCCGUACCAUUGGGUAAUGUCUGAUGGACAACGAGACGUCAUGGCUGCUGGACAAUAAAUUCAUCAACAAUUAUUGAUUGCUCGGGAGAAUUUCUUCAUGUACAUGUGAUUCCCCUCAAUUGAGAAUAUCCCUGAGUAUUUUUGAGAUUCAUUUAUCGUCGAUUACGCACAAUUGUGUGGAUUGUAACGAGAUGAUUAACGUGAUAAUUCGGUAAUGAGUCGUUAACCGGUAAUUAACCGCAGGAUAAAUAAAAUUAAUCCGCACUGUUAUUACGAGGGAUUAAUUGAAGCACUCGAAAUGUCACUGCGAUCCUCUCGUUUCCUGAGUGCCAAAUGAUAAUUUAAUCUUUUGGUUUGAAUCCAGAAUAAUCUCGAGCAAUCAGAGGGAGUGGAGUUUAUCCUAGAGAAUUGUUGUCCUCACCUGAACUCGUUUCACAUCGAAACUGAAAAUCCGAUGAACGAAUGAUGAUUGAAGGUGCUAAUUAACGAUUUAGGCCCGAUCGCUAACCAACUGUGUCUAAUUGCCGAUAAAUAUUCAAAUGAAAUAGUGAAUAUAAAUAAAUAAACGGGGAGAAUAAUGGGAGACCGGUUUGGUGCGUUCGAGUGGCCGAAUUUUAAAGUGUAAUUUAACUACAUAAAUUUCAAGAGAAUCUAGAAUUCAAUUCAAUUCGUAUUGGUAUAAUUAUCACCCGCCGUUGGAUAAUCGAUAUAUUGAACUCACGUGGAGAGAAAAUAUCGGAGAAAUCUUUCCUUCAUUUUUCUCCACUCGUUUUCAUUGAUAAAAAAAUUCCUCAGGGCCUGGUAGUGUCGGCGUUGGUUGAACCAUUUUAACGGUGCAAUUAUUCGGUGAAAAUAUUGCUGUGGAAAAUUCACAAUCAAUUUUUCAUUUUUUGAUUAAUUGAGUGAUACUUGAGAGACUGUCUCGGGUAAAAUUCGUUUUAUCCUCAAUUUUUCAGAACCAUUUUGUUACUCUCCACCUCCACUUUUUCAAUUCAAUUUUGCAAUAUAAAAAACUCAAUCAACAGACAAAAAUACAUCAAGGGGAUCGAUAUCGAUGCAAGUGGCGGGUCUGAUAACAAAGUGAUACUGGAGAACAUUGUACUACACUCUAUGACGCUAACUGCUAAACCCAUUGAUGGACAUGUGGUACUUUUCACGUAUCCGAUUCCGUACGUGUGCAUUUCCGGGGUGAUCAUUCAAUAUUGCACUUCGGUGUAUGAUCACAGCGUAAAGCUGCGUAAAACCUCGAAAAAAUCGAGCUAAAAAAAAAGAGAGUCAGACAAAUUUUUGAAUUUCAGAAAAUUAAUCCCAUUUUAUGCACACAUUUUACGUAAUUAAUUGCAUUAUCAAUAAUUAUUAUUCCUGAUUGGUAUGAUUUUUUUUUAAUUGAUAAAAAAUUAUUUUAUUUGAUUUUUUGUUUUUUACGUACAGGAAUAAUGUAAUAAUAUAUUCGGGUGGAUAAUUACAGCUUCAUUUUUGCUCUCUCGUCUGCACAAUUGAAUCUCAAAACCCGCGCUUUAAAUUUCAAAUUGAAUUUAAUAUAUUCCACCCUUGGGACGGGUGUAACGAGUAAUUGAAAUGAGUUCAAUGAAAUUCCGAGUGUACUUGCACUUUAACGAAAAAAAAAAUCUCAGACAACGACAGAAGAAUGUGAUGUUAAUUUUCUCAACGAAUCGUCGAGUUCAAUAUUUAUGAAAAAUAGGGAUUAUUUGAAAACCAGACACUGAGGAAUAAACGGGCAUUUUUAUCCACGGCGAUUGUCAAUGAUAAUCUCACCAUCUACCUAUACAACACCAAAUAAUAUCUACAUAAAUAUAAAUAAAUAUAUAUUGAAAUUAAACUAAAUUAUUAGCACUAAACAUGAAAUAUAUAUUUAAUGAAUGUUCCUAUAUUUAUACUAUAAGUACAUAACUAAGUGUAUAAUAUCGAUAUUCGACGGUAAUUUCCGAUUUUUACCAAAAGACAAAAACUCAGUAAAAAAAACAUGAAAAUUAAAAGGAAAAAAAAAAUAAAUAAACGAUGAGUGUCUAGCUCUUAGUCCAUUUUGAAUUUUUGGUGGUGGAGAAAAGUUUUAGAGCGGGAAAAAAAAAAUCGACAAAUACUUGAAUUGAAUUUGAAUAAAAUCGACGGAAUAUAAAAACACUCAAAAUUAGUAAAUGGAAGAAAUGGGGGGUGGGACUUUUAAAUAUGUAAGCAGGUCGUGAGUGGCGGAGGCAAGGGUCUUCCUAUAUUGACUGAACGAUCAGAUGUGAUAUACGUGUAAGAAAACUAUGAAAACAACAAAAAUUAUUACCUAUUAAUUUAUUAACCGUAAUAUAUGUAAUUUAAACACUAUGGUUACGAUAUACAAGAAAACAAAAAUUAAUAAAAAAACAUUAUAUCUACAUAUUGUGUAUAGGUAGAUAGGACAUAUACAAUGUUUUUAACUGAUUUAUUCGAUGUUCCGAGGAUAUAGCCAAUUACGCUAAGUGUAUCUAGGUAAUUAAUGAUUCCAUGAUUUCACCCACGGAAAAUUCUGUGUACUUUAAUCAAGUAUAUUUAUUGCAUUUAAUAUAAAUAUAUUCAUAUAUUUAUUUAAAGUAUACUUUAUACUUGACUCAAGUAUUUUUUUUCCGCGCCUGAAAAAACUGAUGAAAUUGUCGAAUAAAAAAAAAAACAACCAAUAGGAAAAACGGAGGGAAAUCUCUCGUGAUUAAAAUGCUCGAUUCAAUAAGGGACCGUGCGAAUCGUUAUAUUUUUGAAUAUAAUAAACAAAUGAAUAAACAAAAAUAAAUCGGCUAUAUUCUACACACACAAAUCGCGUACAAAUUAAUGAUACAUUACCUCGAUAAAUGAUGGAGAAAUAAACUAUAAUUAUAUUAAAUUAUUUAUCCCAAUUGCAUUGAUACGCUUCCAUAGUUUAUUUCUUGUUUUUCAUUUAGGAAUAGAUUUAUUAAUUUAGUGAGUGGAAAGGAAAAAAAAAUUCGCCAUGUCCCUAAG